AUGGAUGAACAAUCUAAAGAAGCUGGCAAUGAUGAGAUGGAUGAACAAUCUGCAUCUUGUAAUGAUCAUGGUUAUCUAGAUCAUGACCAUUCCUAUCACAUGACUUCAGAUGAUGAUGUUGAGGCUUCUAUGCUCAUUCAAAAACAAAUCAAUUCAGUGGAAAAGCUGGAGAACGAGGUAAAAGAGCUCCAGGAAGAAAUUAGGAACCUCCAAAUGAGGAAACCCAAAAUGACGGUGGGAGACAUCCUGGAAGAUUCCGAAAAGAUGCUGCUUUACACCUCAUUUCCAGCAGACGUCUUCAAUGUUAUUGUGCAAAUUCUCAAGCGAAUGGCGCCGUUUAAUUAUUAUGUUGGUUGGGAGGUCACCUGCUUUAGUUUAGAGGACCAACUGCUAAUAUGUUUGAUGAAGCUACGCUUAAACUUUCGAGAUCUAGACCUUGCUAUUAGAUUUGGUACAAGCAGAUCUACAAUAUCUAACAUUAUAAAUACAUUUAUCUCUGCUCUUCAUGAAAUCUUUUUUGAUGGUGUAUUGAAAGCUGUGGGUAUUCCUUCUCAAUUAAAGUGCAAAGGGUCUAUGCCAAAAUCCUUUUCAGAUUUCACCUCGGCAAGAAUUGCCAUGGAUGCCACAGAAAUCACCCAAGAUAUACCAUCAAAUAUGAAUAGUCAAUCACUUACAUACAGCAACUACAAAAGCCGACACACUGUAAAGGCGGUGACCUGUGUGGCUCCAAAUGGUGCUCUUGUAUUUACUUCCGAUUUAUAUCCCGGUUCCACAUCUGAUGCAGCCAUAGUACAGCAUUGCAAAGUUCUUGACCAAUUACAGCCUGGAGAUCUUAUUCUUGCAGAUAAAGGCUUUAAUAUUUUUGACAAACUUCCUUCCGGGGUAUCCUUAAACAUUCCACCUUUUUUUGUCAAAUAA